GUAAAAUAUAAGAUCUUUACUAAUUGUAUAGGCCUUUUUUUCUUGUGUUUUAGCCUGAAAACUGGAUUCUUAAAGUGGAAACCAGACUAUGACAGUGCAGCUACUGAAUAUGGGAAGGCAGCUGUUGCUUUCAAGAAUGCCAAGCAGUUUGACCAGGCAAGGGAAGCCUGUUUACGGGAAGCUGAGGCACAUGAAAACAACAAAGCUCUCUUCCAUGCUGCCAAAGCUUAUGAACAAGCUGGCAUGAUGCUAAAGGAGAUGCAGAGACUCCCUGAAGCAGUUCAGCUGAUCGAGAAAGCCAGUAUGAUGUACCUGGAGAAUGGGACCCCAGAUACAGCAGCAAUUUCACUGGAACGGGCUGGAAAGUUAAUAGAAAAUGUGAGCCCAGAGAAGGCUGUGCAGCUCUAUCAGCAAGCAGCGGCAGUGUUUGAAAAUGAGGAACGUUUACGGCAGGCGUUAGAAAUGCACGGGAAGGCAUCAAGACUUCUGGUCAGAGGACGCAGGUUAGAUGAGGCUGCAUUGUCUCUUCAGAAGGAAAAGAGUAUUUAUAAGGAAAUUGAAAAUUACCCCUCUUGUUUUAAGAAAACUAUUGCUCAAGUCUUAGUUCAUCUUCAUAGAAAUGAUUAUGUUGCUGCAGAAAGAUGUGUGAGGGAAAGCUAUAGUAUACCAGGAUUUAAUGGAAGUGAAGACUGUGCAGCACUAGAGCAACUUUUAGAAGGGUAUGACCAGCAAGAUCAGGAUCAAGUUUCUCGAGUCUGUAAUUCUCCACUCUUCAAAUACAUGGAUAAUGAUUAUGCCAAGCUUGGUCUUACCUUGGCGGUCCCUGGAGGUGGAAUCAAGAAGAAAGCACCAAAUGCUGCACAAGACAAAGCCAGAGGACCAGCUGCAGGGGGCUCUCAUGGUGAUGAGGAAGACGAUGAAUAUUCUGGUGGACUAUGUUAGCUACAGACUGGGUUGUCUUAAAUAUCUGACCUAUUUGUGAUGUUGAGCAUAUCCAAAGGUUUACCAGAUUUACCAGAGCUUCAUUGCAAUUGUGAUAUGGGAAUCCUGAUAUUAACUUGGCAGCUUCUGG